AUGGCGCUGCGAGUUCAACACAGCAAAAAAGCUAUGGAGUUUUUCAUUAACUUCAGUACUGGAAGCCGGGCGACGCUACAAUAUCGUGAACUACCCAGUAGAGUGCUCGACUUUGAACACACCGAAACACCACCUGAUCAGCAAGGAAAAGGAGUUGCAAAGAUGCUUGUGAAGGAAGGUUUUAAAUAUGCAGCUGAAAACAACUACAAAGUGAAGCCGACGUGCUGGUAUGUGGCAAAAUAUCUGGAUGAAAUGGCAACCGAAGACGAACGGAAACUUUCGAUUACCUACGCAAGCAAUUUAUAG